AUGGGUCUUUCUUUCCACAUCAAAUCGGGGUUUAGGUACACUGAAGUUUUUUUUAAAGUAUCUCGUAAUACAUUUAAUUCGCCUUACCAUAGUGUUAAAAUCACUUUAAUUGGGAAUUUUUGGCCACAAGAUAUGA